UUUUGAGUUUAAACUAGAGGGUGCUCCUCCCACACAAGCAGCCUCCUGCUGGCCCCGUCUGAACCAGACAACUGCACAGAUUUACAUGCAAAGGGAUCGCAGCUCCUGUAGGUGAAGAAACCCUCCAGCUCUCUCGCUAAACUGUGGGGGUCAGUUCAGACAACAUGGGUUCUGAACUAUACCUUCGUUCAGAUAGCUUUGCACAGUACUUAGACUGCUUUGAUUGAGCAGUAAAGAGGGGAAGGGGAAAGUAAGAAAGAGACGAGAGAAAGAGAGAGAGAGAAAGAGAAAGAGAGACACACACACGAGGGAAAGUGACCAUGUUUGUGUAGAUGAAUCAGACAACAGUCAAACCUGAGAAUAAGAAUGAGCUUCCUGCUGUUAAUUAGAAAACUUGUCACAGGACUUCUCUGGAACUGUUUCUUGCUGCAGUCGGUUUUUGGAAGUCUCACCACUGACAACGGGAUCCAUUCCAGUUUCAUCCACGGUCGCCUAAAGAGCCAGGAAAAGCGGGAAAUGCAGAGGGAAAUCCUCUCGAUCCUGGGUUUGCCUCACCGCCCCAGGCCCCACCUGCAUGGCAAGCACAACUCAGCCCCCAUGUUCAUGCUGGACCUCUACAAUGCCAUGUUGAUGGAGGAGGCAGGAGGAUACUCGUAUCCGUAUAGGGCGGUCUUCACCACCCAGGGACCUCCGCUGGCCAGGUUACACGACAGCACCUUCCUCAGUGAUGCCGAUAUGGUCAUGAGCUUUGUCAACCUGGUGGAAUAUGACAAGGAAAUUUUCCACCAGCGCCGACAUCACAGAGAGUUCAGGUUUGAUCUCUCAAAGAUCCCAGAGGGGGAGGCAGUGACAGCUGCAGAAUUCCGAAUCUAUAAAGACUAUACCAGGGAACGCUUUGAAAAUGAGACCUUCCAGAUAACAAUUUACCAGGUUCUGGAGGAAAACACAGAGAGUGAGUCCGACUUGUUUCCCCUGGAUUCUAGGACUAUCUGGGCUGCAGAGGAAGGGUGGUUGGUAUUCGAUAUUACAGCCACAAGUAAUCAUUGGGUCGUGAAUCCAAACAAUAACCUAGGUCUUCAGCUCUUUGUGCAGACAACAACUGGGCAGAGUGUCAAUCCAAAGAUGGCCGGUCUGAUAGGGAGACUUGGGCCUCAGACUAAACAACCAUUCAUGGUUGCCUUCUUCAAAGCCACUGAGGUUCACAUCCGCAGUGCAAGAUCAGCAAGUAGUAAACAGAAGAACCAGGGCCGUUCUCGGUCUUCUAAGAGUCAGGAAUCUUUCAGAGCAACCAGUUUAACAGAGAACGGUAGCAGUGACCAAAGGCAGGCCUGCAUGAAGCAUGAGCUGUAUGUCAGCUUUCGUGACCUAGGAUGGCAGGAUUGGAUUAUAGCUCCUGAGGGAUACGCUGCAUACUAUUGUGAAGGAGAAUGCUCAUUCCCAUUGAACUCAUACAUGAAUGCUACAAAUCAUGCAAUUGUUCAAACGCUGGUUCAUUUAAUAAACCCAGAGAAUGUCCCGAAGCCAUGCUGCGCUCCCACACAGCUCAAUGCCAUAUCUGUGCUUUACUUCGAUGACAGCUCAAACGUUAUCUUGAAGAAGUACAGGAAUAUGGUGGUCAGAGCGUGUGGCUGUCAUUAGCACCAGCCAUGAAGAACCUCCAUCUGAUGGAUGUUGGAAAGACUGCUAGUCAUGGACCUCUCAUGAUAUGUCAACUUCUCUAAUGAUCUGAAGUUGUUCAAAGGAAGUUUUAACUGUAAAUUGAAUUAUUUUUAAAUGAUUUCAAUUUUUAAAGAAUGAUUGUACAUUGUCUUUCUAUAAUUCGAGCAAGAAUGGCAAAGUUUCUGAGUAAAGGAUUAAACAACACAGAAUUGUAGGAAGUGUUUGGUGGUAGAUUUGGAAUUUUUAUUGGAGAGAGGAUUUUUCCUGAUAGUUGGUUUAUUCCUCUUUUUUACAUAAUAAGCAGGAAAGCAAAUCCAUACACACAAUGCCUUAAGAUCAAGGUAACAGGAUACUUCAGGGUUAACAGUUAAUUGCGACCCAUAAUUUCACUGGAAGCUCAGCAGUUCCAAGACUGAUUCCAUGGAAAAUUCUGGAACUAUGGUAAAAACAACUUUUCUACAAAAAGAAGUAUUUUCUGACUAACCGUGCAAAAAAUGUUUAUUUCUUAAGCCAGGGAUACAGAAACAGCAUAUGCCUUGAAUAUUAAAUUAGCAGGUACUGAAUUUAGGGGCUGAGAGGCCAGCUAGUUGAUUGUGAGCUUAUGCUGAGUUAACUGAUGUUAACAGGGAGUGAUGGGCACUAAAUUUGACCUUAGCACUUCUUGGAGGUGGGGGCAACAGACUGGCAGCAGGAAAGGGUGAUGGGGAGGCUGAAGGAGAAAUAGCAGGACUCUCUUUGGUGAUUUUGUUCAAAGAAUUUCACUGUAUGUAAGUGCGGAUCUCAGUUAUGAUAGGCAGUAGUCAAAUGGCUGAGAUACUUAAUAUGUUUGCCCCAUGUUAUCAGGGAUGUUCUGAAGUAUUAGAUCAGUCUCUGCAGCAAGGGUCAGUGGCCAAGACAGAGGUGUGUGGAACUCUUAACCUCACAGUUUGGGUGGUAACCUAACAUAAUAGUCUCAGUCAUCUUAACAUCCAGGACAUAAGGCUGAAAAUGACACAUAGCAGAUGUGGGUGGCACGGUGGCACAGUGGUUAGCACUGCUGCCUCACAGUGCCAUAGACCCGGGUUCAAUUCCCGCU